AUAAUUGUGGUCCUUAAUUACAGCGUCUCAGAAGGCCUUAUUAAGGGGGUUGUGGGGGGUUAAAAAUGCUCCAGCAUUAUGCCUGAGCAGAAAUCACCCUACAAGCACUGAGAUACUACUUCGGGGGAACAGGUGUGAUGCCACUGAUGGUCCAAGAUAAACGACAUUAUCAGGUCGGGGACAGGCUUUCAUGCCAAUUACUCUAUUUUUCAGGACUGCCAUCAUGCCGAGGCGAGGUAAACGAUGCAAUCAUUGUGAUAAGAAGAACCAGUUGAUGUUUAUUGAGAGCCCUGUCAACAUCCCCCACCCUCGCCUGUCUCCUGUCAACUGUGCUGAGCAUCCACCCACAGCAGAAGUUGUCCAAAUUGAUGAACAUCUUGAUGUCCCAUGGGUUUCCCCACAGUUCAAGAAAUAUCCUGCAUCAUGUGGAAAAAAACGACCGAGCCGUGCCAAACUGAAUGAACAAGCGAAUGCUACUCUACCACGUCGCGAACUUCCGAAAGGAUUCAAAGCGCUGAAAUUUUGUGGCGACGAGUCGACCGUGGUGGAGAAUACUUGUGAGAAUGUGCCGUGUGAUGAGGGCUCAGGACUGUGCUGCCUUACUUCUGGUACUCGUUUAGACUUGCUAUGUGACAAGCUUCCCGACACUACGAGUAAACGCAUCCAGAAGAACACUCCAAUGAGACUAUCCCUUGAACAUCUUGCUACACAAAAUCGAACAAAUUCUAGGCAGAUUGUCACAAGGUCCAGGACAAAGAGUUGUGAAUACUUGAACUUGAAUGAUAAGUCAGGUGUGCCUGGUUUUCGAGAGACACAAAAAUAUCUGGUCCAGAAAGUGCAAAAUAAUCCUAGUAAACGACUGUUUUCGGAUAUAUUAAACCGUGAAGAUGAUGAAAGUAAUGAGGAUGUGAAUUCCAGUGAUAAAGUCACUUGUGACAAACCAGUAAAAGUUUCGAAGAGGAGACAUUCUGGGUCCGAUUCUUCUCCAUGUCGAAUCUUCUUUCCCGAUGGGCAACCCCUGUGGGCGACCCCGCCGGUUAUUGGAAGUCAUAAUGUGAAAGUUCUGGUUGAAGACACUCCAGAUGCAGAACGGGGAUUAAGGUAUAAGGAAAGACUUUGGAGAAGGCUUAAUCCUAACAGAUAGUUGAAGUUCUAUCAUGUUGUCCCCUUGAUUUGAACCUUGAUUAUUGGAAUAAACCAGGACACCGGAAGUCUGCCACAGAUGUGUGUGUCUGAUUUAUGCCUACCUAUAAUACAUUGUAAUACAUGCUUGUGAUGAACUUUUUUCACCGAGUCGAUGGCCAGUAUGAAUUGAGUCUAGCAAAUGCUUUUACUUCAAUUUUGUACAGAAAGGCCUGGUGUAAAUGUACAUUUUCAUUAUCUCGAUAUGAUUGGAUCAUGUUUCCUUGUAAGUUUUAAGAUAUACGAUCAUGUCCUGACGUGCUCUUUCACACACCUGUCGUUAAAGCAUGAUAAUAAUAGCAAUUCAUUUAUAUUUA